AUUUUAAAGAUCAAGGACAACAGCCUAGAGGAGGUGGCAUUUAAGGUAAGCCUUGAAGAAGGAGUUUAAUUUCAACAGAGAGUAAGGCUGGGGGUAAUGCGAUGUGAGAAUGAUCUUGAGAAGAGGCACAGAGGGUAGGUUCAGGGCAGAUCCGUUGAUAGCAUUCACUAGAGUGUAAGCAAAAGGUGAGGAAAACUGAAAUUGUAGGUUGAAAUUUUUGUUUCUGCGAGUAUGCUUAUUUGCAUUUGCACAGAAGGUGGUGAUCCCUAUAUUUAUUUCUGCUGUGCAUCAAUAGGGGAGGUGGAGAUAAAUAAUUUCAUUGUUUUGGCUCUGGCCAGAAUUCAUUAGGCACAGUUUGUUGUCCAUAGGGAGGGGAACACAACACACACUGGCCUUUGUCUCCCUUCCACACAGGCUGGUGGAGAUUCUGAGGCAUUUUUAAACAUUGCACUUAGCCAUUCAGAUGAUAACUUGGAUCAGAAAUUUUGAGAAGUGGUGGGAUGAAGAAGAUCCCUGAAGAGAGGAGUAACUGAGACAAAGGAGAGGCUAGCAAUAGAGAGACAAGUGAGGGAAUUAGACCUUUGGUAUCAUCAUGAAAAGGCCUGGAAGAAACGCUGGUUUAUCCUGCGGAGUGGCCGGAUGAGCGGUGACCCAGAUGUUCUGGAAUACUACAAGAACGAUCACUCCAAGAAGCCUCUGCGGAUCAUCAACCUGAACUUCUGUGAGCAGGUAGAUGCAGGCCUGACCUUUAACAAGAAGGAGCUGCAGGAUAGUUUUGUGUUUGACAUCAAGACCAGUGAACGCACCUUUUACCUGGUGGCUGAGACAGAAGAGGACAUGAAUAAGUGGGUCCAGAGCAUCUGCCAGAUCUGUGGCUUCAAUCAGGCUGAGGAGAGCACAGACUCCCUGAGAAAUGUUUCCUCAGCCGGUCAUGGCCCCCGCUCUUCUCCAGCUGAGCUCAGCAGCUCUAGCCAGCACCUUCUCCGAGAGCGCAAGUCCUCAGCCCCAUCACACUCCAGCCAGCCAACUCUGUUCACGUUUGAACCCCCUGUGUCAAACCACAUGCAGCCCACCUUGUCCACCAGCGCACCUCAGGAGUAUCUCUACUUGCACCAGUGCAUAAGCCGAAGAGCAGAAAAUGCAAGGAGUGCCAGCUUCUCUCAGGGCACCAGAGCCUCUUUUCUCAUGAGGAGUGACACAGCUGUACAAAAACUUGCCCAGGGCAAUGGACACUGUGUCAACGGGGUCAGUGGUCAAGUCCAUGGCUUCUAUAGCCUUCCCAAGCCGAGCCGGCACAAUACAGAAUUCAGAGACAGUACCUACGACCUCCCCCGCAGCCUGGCCUCCCAUGGCCACACCAAGGGCAGCCUCACAGGCUCCGAGACAGAUAAUGAGGAUGUGUACACCUUCAAGACGCCCAGCAACACCCUGUGCAGGGAGUUUGGGGACCUCCUGGUAGACAAUAUGGAUGUUCCGGCCACCCCACUCUCAGCCUACCAGAUCCCUAGGACAUUCACUCUGGACAAAAACCACAAUGCCAUGACAGUGGCCACUCCUGGGGACUCAGCCAUAGCUCCCCCACCCCGCCCCCCCAAGCCAAGUCAGGCAGAAACACCUCGAUGGGGCAGUCCUCAGCAGAGACCGCCAAUCAGUGAAAAUAGCAGAUCUGUCGCUGCCACCAUCCCCAGACGCAACACCCUCCCUGCAAUGGACAACAGCCGACUUCACCGAGCUUCUUCCUGUGAGACCUACGAGUACCCACAGCGUGGUGGAGAGAGUGCAGGCCGGUCUGCUGAAUCCAUGAGUGAUGGAGUCAGCUCUUUCCUGCCAGGGAAAAUGAUUGUGGGCCGAUCGGACAGCACCAAUUCUGAAGACAACUAUGUGCCCAUGAAUCCAGGUUCUUCCACCCUGUUGGCCAUGGAACGAGCAGGUGAUAAUUCCCAGAGCGUCUACAUCCCAAUGAGCCCAGGGGCCCAUCACUUUGACUCACUUGGCUACCCAUCAACAACCCUUCCUGUGCACCGAGGCCCCAGCAGAGGAAGUGAGAUCCAGCCACCCCCUGUCAACCGCAACCUCAAACCUGAUCGGAAAGCAAAGCCAACACCACUUGACCUGAGAAACAACACCGUCAUCGAUGAACUCCCCUUCAAGUCACCUAUCACCAAGUCUUGGUCUAGGGCCAACCACACCUUCAACUCCAGCUCCUCCCAGUACUGCCGCCCCAUCUCCACCCAGAGCAUCACCAGCACAGACUCAGGAGACAGCGAAGAGAACUAUGUCCCUAUGCAAAACCCAGUGUCUGCAUCUCCCGUUCCCAGUGGCACGAACAGUCCUGCCCCUAAGAAGAGCACCGGCAGCGUUGAUUAUCUGGCCCUGGACUUCCAGCCGAGCUCCCCAAGCCCCCACCGCAAGCCAUCUACUUCAUCUGUCACUUCUGAUGAGAAGGUGGACUAUGUUCAGGUGGACAAGGAGAAGACCCAGGCCCUGCAGAACACCAUGCAGGAGUGGACAGACGUGCGGCAGUCCUCGGAGCCUUCCAAGGGUGCCAAGCUGUGAUGAGAGGGCCACCGCAGAGCCCAGGAGGCAGCGUCUCCAGAGCUGGCCCUUCCCAUCUCCCCUCUCCCCUCUCCCGUUGUUCCUCCCAUCCACCUCCUCUCUACUCUGCCAGUCUCAGCCUUCAAAGCACUUGACAUCAGGGACCCUGAACCCUUCCCCUGGGAAGUGAGGGCCUGAUCAAGGCACCUCCUCUGCCCACUCAGGGCCCAGCUGUGAUUUUUAUCAGUAAUGGCCAUGCCUCCACCCACCUUAGUUAGGAGCUACUUCCAAAAAGCAUCCUUCAGCCUCUUCCUGUCCUUUAGACCUGACUCUCUACCAGAUGUUUGGAGGGAAGGGCUGGGGCUCUGAGCCAGAUUCCACACCUCACGUUCAGUCACAGCCCUCAACUGUCUUCCCUCCGGCCACUGGGCUACCUCUCCUUCAGUCCCAGAAGACAAGUCUCACCGACCCAGGGAGUCAAGGACCAGCAGACCAAAGUGGAUAAUGGACUUUUUCAUUCCUGUUUUUCUUGGCAGGAGAGAAGCAAGGCCACUAAAAGAGGAGAUGGUGGAGAAGGAGGCUCAGCAGUGGUCUUGAGGGGUAAAGGACUUAGAUGCCCAGAUGAAGAGGGAAAGCUGACAUCUGCAGGGAACCCACUUUCAGGCUGAGGCCAUGGCAGGACAGCUGCUGUGGGGUGCAGAGGCAGAAGAUGAAGGACAAAAGGAAGGGAAAACUGAUGGCCAACCUAGAGCAGCAAGGAGCAGGGCUUGGAGCUCGGGUGGUGGAGAUGACAAGGACACUGUGGGGUCUGGGUCCCCAGAACUCUGGAGCUACAGGCCACUCUAGGCCCAAGGGCUAGUCCUCUUCCCCCGUCCCCUCAGAGGCCCCCGCCAGUCCCACCUUGAAAGCAGCAUACAGGGGAAGGCUUGGAUCAAGCUGGGCGACCAAGCACAUGGGGCAGGAACACAUGGUAAAGGGGUGGGGAAUAUGGGAGGGAGUGUGGUGUGGAUGGGGGUGAUUCAGGGACUGAGGGGAACCCUGGGACAGGCACAGGCUGGGCAGAGGCACAGGGCAGUGCAGGGGACUCUGCAGUGGGGUGGGGAAGUGAGUUUCUUUGCAGUGUGCAGUGCAGUGGAAGUCGGGCACAGAGGUAGCAGACAGAUGUGAAGCAGUGGUGAAGGCCAUGUAGCAAGUGGGGAAAUACAUCCAAAGGGCCUGGGAGUGGGGGAGUGCCCAACGCAAUCCUUGGGGGGUGCAGGGUGGAGCAGAAAGUGAAGGAGGGACACGUACAAGAGUGGUGUGCAUGGUGGUGUGACAUGAGGACCGUUCCUAGGUUGGGACAGUGGGUCAGGCAGGACAAGGAGAAAGGGCAGAAUGAUGCCUAGAGGACCACAUCAGGCAUGGCUGACAGCUUGUGCCCAUGGGCUGUGGCAUAUGUCAGAUCGCAGGGUAGGAACGAGUCUGGCCUGGUGCCGGCCCAGUGUUUCCUCAGCUCAUCUGCCCUCUGUUGCUCCCUAGCAUUCCAGGAGCCAUCUUGGACUCUCCUCCCCAGGUUUGAAAGGCCAUAGCAGGGACGGGGUGUAGGGCAUCACCCAAGGUUCCUUCUCUUAAGCCAAGGGUGGGGGAUCUGAAUUUUUUUAUGUUGACUGUUCUUGACUAAAUUUUCAAGAGUUUCAGAAGCAACAGGACAGACCAGACGUUUCAUUCUACCCUGGGGUGAACAGAACUUCUUCUUCCCAAACAAUGACUUCCUGCCAUGUUUGAUGGGGACAGCUACCACUGUCCUCUGCCCCCAUUCCCGUUUCAGCUCCCAUGAGCAUGCAUAGUUCACCAGACCAAUGGCGUAGCCAUUCUCUAAGUCCCAUCCUGGAAGAAGUUAUUUCUUCAAGAGCUGCACCUCUCCUCCUAGCAUUAGUUUAGAUCAACUCAAGGAGUAUUUAUUAAUGGCUGCUGUGUCCAGUUUCUGGGGUUAAGCACUAAGGACACAAGAAUCAAUCAGACCUUCUCCCUGAACUUAAGAUAGCCACAGUCAGAAAAAGGACAAGGACAUGAGACAGUGGUGAUGGCCAUCAGACAGAGACUUCAAAUGCUGAUGGAGGGCAGAGGAAGUACUUAGGGAGGUUGGUGUCAGAGGCAGGAGUGGGGUCACGAUCAGGGAAGGUGGAUUCUAGGAAAAGGGAGUGCCUGAGGUAGGCCUUAGAAGGGGAUGAGUCAGAUUUUUAUAGAUGAGGAGGGCAGGGCUUGGGUCCAGUGGAGGAAGAAGGAAAGAGAGGCUUGGAAAGCCUUGUGUCUUGGGAACAAAAGGCCUUUGAGCAUAUGGGUCCAGCCACUCAGAAGUGCAGGGGCCAUGCCUUGGUGUUCCAAUGAAUGAAUGGAAGCAGUGGUGGUAGCUACACUGGGCAGUUGGCAGGGUGCUGGUUCACUCUGCCCAGCCCUGAAUGUGUGCCUUGAAGGCCCUCUACAAGGGGCCCCAUACAACAGAGCUUUUAACUGGUGCCUUCCCUGUACCCGCAGCAGCCACAAGUGGGCCCAGACUAUUGCAGCCUCCCAUAAACAUGUGAGCAUGUUCUGAGUGUGCCAUGAUCCAUGAUGUGAGUGGACCUGGCUGGAAUCUUCGGAGAGCGACUGAGGUGUUCAAAUCGAAUCUCCCAGGAGGCUUCCUUCCAGCCCCCGAUUCUGGUAACUGCCAAAAUCCCUCGGGUGCAAGUGUUGGGGUAGAAAUGGAAGGAUGAGAGGUGAAAUUGACCUUUUGAAAGCAAAGCUCUGGCUCACAGGCCUCAAACUACCAGCCGUAUCUAGCAUAUCCCCACCCUCCACCCACUACCACCUCCAACAAAGGAGUCAACUAAGUUGAAAAAACUGGUCCUUUGGCCUAUCCAGGGGUCAAAGUCCACCUCUCCUGGAGGCCUGGAGAGGACUGAGCCCACAGAAAGGGGAUACCUUCCCACCCAGCACUGCUUCACACAGGCCCCCUGCCUGUGGCUCUCCAAGGAGCCUUCGUCACCCACUUCCAACUCCACUUCUGCAAGGUUAAGUCAAGUGAGAACGAUGAGAAAUAGGGAGAUGGUGUCUCCUUAGGUCCUUGAUCUGCCUGUCUGUGGAAUGGGAGGUUGGAUUAGCUGUGCUGAGGUCCCAUCCACAGCUGGUGCUCAGCUGCUUGAGGGGGAGACUCCCUCCUCUGUAACUAACUUCUUUCUGGGGGAUCUAGAUGGCCAGGGGUGGGCAGUACCUAUCCCCAGUCCCUUCCUAGCUUGACUUUGUUAACUUCUACAUUGGAAACCACUAAAGUAUGCCCCAUUCCUAUGACAAAAGCACAACCAUUCUGAAGUUACUGGAGCAUGGGCUCAGCUCAUCCUCCCUCUGGCCCCUUCUGCCAUGGGGACAUCUCAGCCCAGCACCCCUAUCCCAUUUCCAGAGCUCUUCCUUCCCCAUCUGGGCCUUCAUAAAAUGCAGGGGGAAGCCAGACUGGCCUCAGGAGCUCUAAAGCCCUUCUGUGGGGGGGGGGGGGGGGGUCGUCUUUUUGGGACUAGCCCUGCUCUCUUUCUGGGACUAGCCCUGCUCUUUAGGACCUGGGCCCACAACGGGCUACCUGCUGAGGGGGUCCCCAAGAGAUCCAGGCUGUCGUGUGAUUUCUGGUGGCAUGUGUUGUGUAUUUGUUGGCUACUUGUGUCUUGAAAUCUAGAAUUAUUUCACGCAGAAUUGUCAUUAUUUGUCAGGAAGAGAAAAUGGGCUAGUGGAAGCCCAGUCUUGAGUUCUUGUCUUGUUACCAUUUAAAAUUGACAUUUAAUUUUCAAAUCACUGUUGGUGCCUAAUCACUUAAGUUAUUAAUUUAUUCUGUUGUAUUCUUUUUUUUUAAUUGUAACAUAUUUAAUCCUGUGGGUGGGGCAGGAGUGUGUUCAAGUGGGUCAUGUUUUUGCUGUGGUGACACAUGGUACAGGCCUGGAGCUUGCAGGUCCCUUUCUACUGUGGUGUUGGAGCGGACAAUAAAGUCCACUAGAAAUGCACCCCA